GCAGUAGUUUAGUACAAAUGAGUAUGUGCCUUUCAUGUGUCAAUAUGUGUGCACGCUUUCUCCGGACAGGCGAGGAUCAAAAUGGCGUCAGAUAGACUUAGAUCUCAUUGUAUCACUGAACGUCUUCGCUGGCAUUGCAUACGGAUUAAUUGAUGAAAUUUAAUCUUUUGUUGGAUAUAACGAAUAGAGAUCCCCGUGAUGAUGCCUACUUUUUAUUAAAGUGAAAUAUCUGAUUAUUUGAAUAUAAUUGAUGUAAAUUUUUACUUAAUGUGUAAAGCUUUUAAGUGGUGGAAUGGUUUACUCAGUCCAAUGACAAAUGAUAAAGUGAGGAUGUACUUCAGGCUUAAGAGUGAGGUGGUGCGCACAAACUGAUUUCAACCCCCAGAUCAUUUAACUGAUCGUUACAAGGCGGUACUUACCACUCCUUAAUAAACAGACCUAGUUUUUAUAUAGUAUAUAAUGAACAGUGUUGUCAGUGUAGUUUUGUGAUGUUGUUCCAUGUUUCUGGAUUGUGAUUGUUUGUUGUUGUGUUCUAAGUCUUUGGCGUUUACCCUGUGUCAUUAAACGUGGUUAAUGUUUAUACCUUCUGCUACUGAGCUUGUCUCAAUUGUAGAUUUUCGUUUUAUUUUAACGGAUAUUGAUGCUGAUGUGGCAACUAGGUGAAUGUAUUUGUAUAAAUAUUCAUUGUAUGAAAAAUGAGUGUCUUUGUGAUUGUACAUUUAUUCAUGGAGAAAACAUACAUGAUCUUGGUGUAAAUAUAUACAUGGCAUAUGGUGCUAGAAACUUGAAAGAAUCGCAGGAUAAUGACAGGGAGGGUUGAAUCAGAUAAAGAGUUUAGGUACACUGACUGCCAGUUCAUCUUUGCGGUAUUUCAAAUGCUGAGAUUUGGUACGCCGGAUGCCAGCCCAUGAUGGCAAUAUUUGACAUGCUGACGUUAGGAAAAGGGUCAAGUUUCAAGAUAACGAGCAUCCUUAAAUACAGUUUUUGCCGUAUCCCUACCAUGCAAGGCUUUUUAUUUUCAUUAAUAGCUGAUUUAUGUAAGGAAAUUACAAUGGAUGCAAAUAUUCAUAUAACAUAAAAAGUAUACAGACAGUAUUGGGAAUUAUUUUAAUAUUUGUACUAAAUAGUUUUACCGAUUCUAUGCAAACAAGGAGGUUGUGGUGAUUCCGGUCUCAAAUAAACAUUAUUCCGGAUUCAAAGCAUACGGGUAGGUGGGUGUAUCGAGGGUUGCACUGUCCACCAUGCUUCCAUGGAACUUUAGGAAAUGGUACUGAAUUUUGGACAAAUAACAAAGAACUAUCUUAAGAAUAAAAAAAUGAUAAAGAUGACAGGCGGAUCAAGCAUUAUUGCAUUUACAACAAUUCUUCUGACAUUAGUUGUCAAGACAUCGUGCCAGGAUUGUUCUCCAUGCUCUUGCUGCAAUCGUGAAAAAGGAUGCUCCUACAACAACCAACUUGGGAUUGAUGACUAUUGCUGGAGCGGAUGCAUCGGUGGAUUCAUGAGUCCUAAGUGCCAGAAAACUUGUGUAAAUCCGCGAUGUCGAUCAUGUUCAACAGAGAGUACAUGUGACACAUGCUAUAAUGGCUAUUACGGAUAUCAAUGUACAAGUAGGUGCCCAACGACCUGUAACACAUGUUCUUCAAGCACAUCAUGCACAUCCUGCAAUGACGGAUACUAUGGAGAUCAGUGUCAAUACUCAUGUCCAUCAACCUGUAAAGCAUGCAACUCUAGUUCCUUCUGUACAUCAUGUUGGGACGGACAUCACAGCGGGUCGGGGGCAAUGUGUUUAUUUCAGUGCAACCCAGAGUGUUUAUCUUGCACAAAUGAAACAUCAUGUACAGCAUGCAAGACCCGAAGUGGUAUUGGUUAUUAUAGAAAUGAUUGUUCUAGCCAAUGUAGUAGGAAAUGCAAAGACUACUUAUGCGAUAUAUAUGGACACUGCCUGGAAUGUGCUGACCCUCACUUCCUUGGGAGUAGCUGUGACAGAUGUAUUAAUGGCAAAUACGGGAGUCUCUGUCACAAUAAUUGUCCCGUAAAUUGCUACAGCGAUUGUUCAAGCACGGGUAUAUGCAAAUCAUGUAAGGAUGGGUUCUUUAGUAAUUAUUGCAAUAUAUCGUGUUCAGAAAACUGCAAAUACGGCACAUGCUACCGGAAUGGAUCUUGCAUUGGAGGAUGUAAGGAUGAAUUCAGUGGAUCAAGAUGUGAACAAAAGACUUGUCCUAUAAACUGCAAUUGCGAUAACAAUAACAGCUGCUUUGAAUGUGAUGCUUAUCAUUUCGGGCCUUCAUGUUUGCUUUCCUGUAGCUCAUGUAAAGACAACCGAUGCCCAGUUGAACGUCUACAUGCAAAAAAAUGUGAUGAAUGUGCAACUUGGCGGUAUGGCAAUCUCUGUAAUGAAACUUGUCCGCACUAUUGUUUAGAUAACAAGUGCGACCAAGAUAAUGGGACAUGUGUUUGUGACAAGAACUACACGUUUAAAAAUGGUAAAUGUGUUCCUAGUUCUUGCCCCGCUAACUGCUCAACGUGCACUUCACCAGAUGUAUGCGACUCAUGUGUUGAUAGGUAUUUUUAUGGAGAUACUUGUAAACACGAAUGUACUCAUUGCAAGGCAGGAACACCCUGUCGGAAAGUUGACGGAUAUUGUUGGGAUGCAUGUGCUGAUGGUCUAUCUGGGGUUGAGUGUAAUACUUCGUGUUACAAUGAAUGUGAAACUUGUCAACGUUUUUUCGCAAGUAUGUGUGUAUUGUGUAAAACUGGAAGAUAUGGGAAUAAUGGACAUUACAACACAUGCAAAAACCUUUGCAAUAUUAAAUGUAUGAACAACUCUUGUGAAGCUUUGACUGGUCAAUGUAAUCAAGGUUGUGUGAAUGGAUACCACGGGACUAACUGUAUCGAUUCAUGCCCAAUACAUUGUUUGAACAAAACAUGCAAACAGGUCAAUGGUACAUGUGUAAACGGCUGUGAGGACGGGUAUUAUGGCUUAAAGUGUUUAAAUACAUGUAUGAGUGUUGAAUCGAACUGUCUCGUUUGUACUUCAAGUCAAAACACAUUCAGUUCCUGUACACGGUGCACUAAAUGGUCAUAUCCAGGAUCCAGCGGUAAGUGCGUUCCAUGUGAACCGAAUUGUUCUGGAGAAUGUAACUCGUCAACAGGUGUAUGCUAUGAAUGUGUAGAUGGAUACAGGGGAUCGUUUUGUAACGUUUCAUGUAUAACAAAUUGUAAAUCAUGCCUUCAGAAUAACGAUGAAUGCAAUGUUUGCAAAGAGGAGUUUUGGGGUAGUGACUGCUUAAACAAUUGCAGCACAAACUGUAAACACGGAAAUAAUUCAAUGUCUAGCUGUGAUAUAAAUUCUGGGAAAUGCCUACAUGGAUGCCUAUCUGAAUCGCAUGGAUUACAGUGUUCUCUUCUUUGUGGCAAACAUUGCCUCCCUUCUGAAGGUGGAGUUCGUGAGUGCAACCAAAUGGAUGGUCAGUGUAGAUGUGAGAAUGGGUACAAACAGACCGACGCAGGAUGUACUGAUGCAUCCGUCGCAGACCAAAUUGACCAAAAUGGUGGCGCCGGUGAUGGAACGUCUGGAUCAGUUAUAGGUGGUGCUGUUGGUGGUGUUCUCGGACUUCUUACAGUUGCCCUCGUUAUCGGGCUUUUAAUCUUCGUUAGGAGAAGAAGACUGGACAGCACCGACGGCCCUAGGGCAGAUGCAGCAGUCAAUCUCGUUGGCAAGGUGCUACACGACAGUUUGGUCAUGUGUUGUGGAGGAAACCGGAACACCCGAAGAAAGCCCACUUGUCCGGCUUGGUGCCCAAAUUAACUCACACGCACCCAGGCAUGGAAAUCGAACACGGGUCGCCUUUGUGAGAAGCGAGUGCGCUAACCACUUCGCUAACCAAACAAUCAACCAUAUUGAAACUCUUGUCUUAACUAUAUUACUAUAUUCAGACUUAGUUAUUUUCAUAGAGGAAAACAGUGUAGUCUACCAGAACAAGAGUGCUUCUGCCAAUAUUUACAAUGAAAUCAACGAUAAAACGGAUGAAGUGAAAUCUAGCAAAGGGCGUAAAAACAAUGCUAAAGAGUCACCUACGACUUCAACUAAUGACAACAAACUGGAUCGUCUCUCCGACUCAAAAUUGGGGGUUACAAGAGCUUCAACAGAACAACUAAAGACAAACCAGUUAAAAUCAUCAGAAGGAAAAUCAGAACAUUCGGAAAACAGCGCGAAGUGCAAAACACCUGUCGAAGAUUCGCCCAAAGACAUAUUACAGGACAAAGACACCGAUGAUGUGUAUUACAAUCUGAAUAAGGUUGCUGUCAAAGACCUUGGAGCUUUUGUGGCUGCCAAAGACAACUCAUAUUACCAAGAAGAGUUUAAGAAACUUCCUGAUGGUUUGGUAAAACCCCAUCAAGAUGCAUUGAGGCCAGAAAAUCGUCCAAGAAAUAGAUAUCAAGGCAUCUACCCAUAUGACAACACCAGAGUGAAAUUGAUGGGCGGAGAUACGGAUUUUAUCAACGCCAGCUUUGUAGAGGGAUAUAGACAGGAAAAUGCAUACAUUGCAUCUCAAGGUCCAACAGAUAAGACCAUGCAGGACUACUCAGUGUUUUGGCGGAUGGUUUGGCAGCAGAAAGUGGGCAAGAUCGUCAUGCUCACCAAUUUAGUGGAAGACGGGAAACCAAAAUGUGACCAAUACUGGCCCGACCAUGGAAUCACCAAACAAUACAGCGAUAUAAAUGUGACGUGUUUAAGUGAAGACAUGUACGCCGACUUCGUGAUGAGAACCUUUUUAGUGAAAAUGGAUAAAGAGGACAUGACAGUCCAACAUUUUCAUUUCACCAGCUGGCCGGACAAAGGGGUCCCCGAUGAUGUAACUUCCCUGGUCGAUUUCCGUCACAGGGUUCUACAAACAAAAUCGCCACUUGGUGGACCUACAAUCGUUCACUGCAGUGCUGGCGUUGGCAGGACGGGAACGUACAUAGCGAUGGACUUGUUGACAAGAGAGGGUGAAGCUGAAGGAUCCGUUAACAUACAUGGUUGUGUCACCAAUCUCAGACAUCGUCGUACACGUAUGGUCCAAACGGCGGAUCAAUAUGCCUUCCUGCACCACGCAAUUGUUCACACGUUAGCGUUUGACAGUAAACCCGUUCAAACGGAGGGGUUUGCGACCUACAUGUCGGAUUCGAAGAACAAACAGAGACUAAUCAAACAAUUCAAGCAACUGGAGAUUACCAUGGAAAGAUCUGAAGAGGAGCGACAAGCAUCUGAAAGAAAUGCAGCCUUAACAAAGUCCAACAGGGAGGGCGCUGACAUUCCAGGUAACUUGUACAGGCCUAGGUUGCAUUUAGGUAAAGAACCGGGGCAUGAUUAUAUCAACGCCAUGUAUGUUAAUAGCUACAAACAACGGAAUCAUUUUGUUCUCGCGAUGACUCCUCUUGAAGAGACCGUUACAGACUUUCUUUGCCUCGUGAUGCAGGAAAAAAGCGGUCUGCAUCGUCGAUAUGGAGAGUGAAUGCUCCCUGUACAUUCCUGAUCUUGGCACACAGAAGCAGUUUGGUUCAUAUACAGUAGACAAUCUUCGACAAAUGUCGACACCCUACAGUAUCAACAGGGUGCUUAGAAUGAGCUACAACGGCCUGAGAGGACCUAAUGAACAUACGGUAUCUCACUACGAAGUUACGGCCUGGCAAGACAAUGUUAAAGUUCCCGAGUCGGCAACACACUUUUUGCAACUUGUCAAGGAAGUAGAGACAAAGGCCGCCUCUGGAUCCGCUAUUAUGCAUUGCAAGACUGGUGGCGGACGCUGCGGCCUGUUUGCGGCUGUUUGGACGCUUCUGGAGAAAACAGGCAUAGAACACGAGGUCUCGGUGUUUAACACAGUUCGCCAACUGCGGGCGAGACGGCCAAAUGCCGUUAGGACUAGAGAGCAGUACGCUUUUUGCCACGUUUGUGUUCAUGAGUAUCUGCAAUCAUUCGACAUCUACUCUAAUUUCUCGUAGCAAUUUAAUAUUGCCAUUAACUUGUUCAUAAAUACAUAUGAUCGUACGUAACAUAUGCGUACGUGAAACUUGACUGACUGUACAGAUGAUCUCGUCACGAUUGUGUUCUGUCUGUCAUUCGGUGCUUUCUUACAUUUUUUAUAAAACACAAACUAUAACCUUGUAUGAUUGCUGUAUAGCUGAUUGUUGUUAUAAUAUCUAAUAUGUAUAUAUACAUUGGAAAUAGUGUGUACAAGUAAAUCAAAAGGUGGUAUUGUCAUACACAGUGUAUAUAGACAAAAUAAAUAUAUAUGUAAAACAAAUCAAC